UUCGUUUUCUUUCACAGGGGGGGUGAUGAUUUUCUGGGUUUGGAUAGAUUCUAAAAUAAGAAAGAACCGGAAUUUAAUAGCAGCAUUUAGUAACAUGUUGUAACAGUAGAGAGAAUUUCAAUGGUCGGAAUCCCAAUAUCUAGAAGCUUUUAUAUAGAAAUUUUCAAAAUUGUUUGUCUUUUUCAGAUUAAUUGCAGAUCUGUUGUUCUGUGUUCGAGAAUUUGGGUUUAGGCUUAUGAUAUUUUAGGACAAGACAAAGACGAAGCUGAAAAAAACUAAAACAUCAUUGGAAUCAUGCUUAUCUUGGCCACCGUGAUCGCUGUAUUCGUCUCCGUCGUUUGGGUUUUCUUCAAGUCACUGCCUUGGAUUCUCCGGCGAUUCGCCGGAAUAACUCUCGGUUUUCAGUUAGAUGGAUGGAAUUGCUUGAAAGAUGUUGUCUUGCAUUUCAACAAGGGUUCUAUUGAAUCUAUAUUCGUUGGAGAAUUUAAAGCCAGUCUAAGCCAAUCUCUGGUUGAGCUUUGUGCAAAGGCUUUUAUCCAGGAUCCUAAAGUGAUAUUCUCUAUAUGUGACCUCAAAAUUGUAACUAGACCGCCUUCCAACUCGAGAAAACGCAAAUCCAAAACUCGCAAACCACGCUCUGGUGGCAAUGGGAAGUUGAUGCUGCUCGCUAAUAUCGGUAGAUUCUUUUCGGUUUCUAUGACAAAUUUGGUUGUGCAGACACCUAAAGCUAGAGCAGAAAUCAAGGAGCUUGAGCUUGAUUUAUCCAAGGACAGAGGAUCAGCUAGUUUUUUCAUCAAACUGUACCUCUUGCCGAUAUUUGUACAGAUUGGUGAACCACAUGUUAUUUCCACUCAUUCAACUGACAUGAACAGUGACAUUUUGCUCGCUAAGCAACCAUCUUCCGAAAUCGCAGAGGGCUCCUCUUCUUCUUCUUCUUCUUCUUCUUUGCAUUGCGAGAAAUUUUCUUUCUCCUGCGAAUUUGGUCAUAACAGACAAUCAAGUUCAAGUAUAAAGAACGUCGAAGUAGAUCUAGCGGAUACUGUAUUUAACCUCAAUGAGAAGAUGUUGUUGAAAAGAAAAUCCCCAACGAAUGCUACUUCCACUGGUGAAGUGAUUGGAUCAAGUUCUAGUUACACAGCUUCAGAAAAACCUCCAAAGCAACCAGUGAAUGUUUUAGUUGCAAAGCAUGCUUCGACAUUCCCUGAGAAAGUAUCAUUUGAUUUGUCAAAGCUUGAUAUCAGACUUGUGCAUCAAGAACAUGAUUUUUCUAUCGCGAACAGCAUGACAGGGUUUCACUUGAGAAGUGCUAAAUCUCAGUCCGGUGAAGCUGGCAAGGAAGAAACAUGUCUUGAUGUUGUCAUGGAACUCCGGGAGAUGCAUCUUAUUAGAGAAUCUGAAAUUUCUGUCUUGGAGAUGACAAAAAUUGAAGUUCUCUCCAAGGUCUAUUGUCCAGUGCAAGAAUCUUUCCCUGUUAGAGCUGAGGUUGAGAUUAAGCUGGGAGGUGUAAUCUGCAACAUUGUAAUGACAAGAUUCGAGCCGUUGUUGCGUUUGCACUUCUCUAGAAAGAAAAAAUUGGUUCUGAAAGAAGAAAAAACUAACAUUGCUAAAUCAGAAUCUAGUGGUUUUAAGGCUGUUGUAUGGAAAUGUGUCACAUCAAUCCCCAAUGUGACGGUCAUGCUAUACAAUCUCGACAGUUCUCCUAUAUACCAAUGCUGCUCAGAUUCAUUACAGGUCACUGCAAAUAAUAUGUCAAGUAAAGGAACAUGCGUGCAAAUGGAGCUCAAUGAGCUGAGUUUAUGCAUGGUUGAUGAACAUGGUGGAAGUUUGAAAGAAAGUCUCUUUGGUUUGGAGUCAACUUCAGGUUCAUUAAUCAAUGUAAGAAAAGUCAGAUUGGAAUGUGGCAAGAACAAUGAGGAUGAUGGUUCUAAAGGUAAACAAACAAUAGUGGUUGACGUAUCAGAAGUCGGUGUUUUGUUUUCUUUCAAGAGCUUCGAAGCGCUUGUCGUAAACGCAAUGUCGAUUCAAGCUUACGUCAAAAGCUUAACCGGUGGUAGCAAGCAAGACAAAGGUGCACAGAAACCGAAGAAGCCAUCAUCGAGCAAAGGAACUCAGCUCUUGAAACUCAAUGUUGAACGUUUCUCUUUGAACUUCUCUGGAGAUUCAAGCUUAGACAAUACAGUCAUUGAAGAUCCUAAACGUGUCAAUUACGGUUCACAAGGUGGAAGAGUUGUGAUCAGUGUCUCGGCUGAUGGCUCGCCACGAACCGCCAGCAUUAUGUCUGACUUGUCCAAGGAACAUGAGAAGUUGAAGUACAUAGUCUCCUUUGAGUUACUUAAGUUCGGUUUUACUCUAAACAAGGAGAUUCAGUCACAGGUAGAGUUCGAAAACGCGAAAUCGGUUUACCAGGAGUUCUUGGAGGAGCCACACCCGGUUUCAAGAGUGACACUUUGCGACAUACAAAACGCAAAGUUUGUACGUCGUAAUGGUAAAGAAAUUGCAAUCUGUUCUCUCUUCAGUGCCUCUAAUAUUGUCGUUAGAUGGGAGCCUGAUGUGCAUAUAUCAAUGGUUGAGCUUGCCUUGCGUUUGAAGUCACUGGUCUUAACUCAGAAACUUAAGCAACAAGGUAACAGAAACCAAGAAGCUCCUGAAGAAAAAACUGCUACUUCUUCGGUUUCUGUUGAUAAGCAAAAGAAGAAAGAAUCUAUAUUUGCUGUUGAUGUUGAGAUGUUAAGCAUAUCUGCUGAAGCAGGGGAUGGUGUGGAGGCUGAGUUGCAAAUUCAGUCAAUUUUCUCGGAGAAUGUGCGUAUUGGUGUGCUCUUGGAAGGGUUUAUGCUAGGUUUUUGUGGUUGUAGGAUAUUCAAAAGUAGUAGGGUACAGAUUUCACGAAUACCGAGCAUGUCUUCGACUUCAUCAAACGCAGCAACUCCAUGGGAUUGGGUAGUUCAAGGACUUGACAUAAAUAUAUGUAUGCCUUUCAGGCUACAACUCCGUGCUAUAGAUGAUGCUGUUGAAGAAAUGAUUAGGGCUUUGAAGCUUGUAACCAAAGCCAAAACCAGACUCAUUCUUCCUGAUAAAAAGGAAAGCUCUUCAACAUCAAGCAAAAAACCCGGGUCGAAGAAGUUUGGACGUGUAAGAUUUUGCAUCCAGAAGUUGAUAUUUGAUAUAGAGGAAGAACCAAUCCAAGGCUGGCUUGAUGAGCAUUAUCAUCUUAUGAAGAAAGAAGCGUAUGAGUUAGCCGUGAGGUCCAAGUUUCUUGAUGAAUUGGUUUCUAGUGGAAACCAGGCUCCUAAGUCCGUGGGAGAUGAGUCAGAUAGCUGCGAGAAGAAGAUUUCUUUCGAAGGAGAAGAAAUCGACGUGCAAGAUCCUGAGAUUAUCAAAACGAUGAAUGAAAAGUUACAUAAACAAUCGUUUGAUUCGUAUUACAGGUCUUGUCAAAGUUUAAGAGCUUCAGAGGGUUCAGGUGCAUGUAAAGAAGGGUUUCAGGCUGGUUUUAAGAUGAGCACUUCUAGGAAAUCUCUUCUCUCUGUAUCUGUUACUGAUCUGGAUCUAAGUUUUACAGCUAUUGUUGGAGGUGAAGCUGGGAUGAUAGAAAUAGUUAAGAAUCUUGAUCCUGUAUGUGAAGAAAAAGACAUACCUUUCUCGCGGAUGUAUGGAUGCAAUCUCCGGUUAAACACUGGAACUCUUGCUGUUCAAAUAAGAGAUUACACAUAUCCUCUUCUCUCAACAACUUUAGGUAAAUCCGAAGGCCGUCUUGUCUUGGCUCAGCAGGCAACAGCUUUUCAGCCACAAAUAGUCCAUGAUGUGUACAUAGGAAGAUGGAGGAAAGUGCAGAUGCUUAGAUCAGCUAGUGGAACAACACCUGCAAUGAAAACAUACAUGGAGUUACCAAUAAACUUCCAGAAAGGAGAGGUCUCCUUUGGAGUUGGAUACGAGCCAGUGCUUGCUGAUAUAAGCUAUGCCUUCACCGUGGCUCUUCGUAGAGCUAAUCUCAGUCUCAAGGGUCCUGGCCUUAUCCCACCUCCUAAAAAGGAGAAAAGCUUACCAUGGUGGGAUGAAAUGAGAAACUACAUCCAUGGGAAUAUAACAUUGUCAUUCUCUGAGACAAAGUGGAUCGUUCUUGCUACUCCAGACCCUUAUGAAAAGCUUGACAAGCUUGAGAUGACCUCUGCAUCCGUGGAAAUUCAACAAUCAGACGGUCGUCUCCACGUCUCAGCCGAGAACAUAAAGAUCUUCAUGAGCAGUUUCGAAAACCUAGCUAGACGUUAUCCAAACUCUAUACCGUGUCCAUCAAGCUACCCUUUUCUUGCGGUUCCACGUUUCAGUCUCGAAGUCCGGAUGGAUUGGGAAUGCGAGUCCGGAAACCCUUUGAAUCAUUAUCUGUUUGCUUUACCUGUUGAAGGAAAGGCUCGUGAGAAAAUCUAUGAUCCUUUCAGGUCUACUUCUCUCUCACUACGCUUUGACUUCUCAUUAAGACCUGAUCAUCAAAAAGUCUCAGUUGGGUCCGAGUGCAAGCCUACAAUAAACAUUGGUGGUCAUGAUUUAGCAUGGUUGUUCAGAUUCUGGAACAUGAACUACCUUCCUCCUUACAAGCUCCGGACUUUUUCCCGGUGGCCUCGUUUCGGUGUUCCAAGAAUCCCAAGAUCAGGGAAUCUAUCACUAGACAGAGUGAUGACAGAGUAUAUGCUCCGUGUAGAUGUUGCUCCCAUUUGUAUAAAACAUAUGCCACUUGAUCCUGAUAAUCCUGCGAGAGGCUUGACGUUUAAUAUGACCAAGCUGAAAUAUGAAAUGUGCUUUAGCCGUGGCAACCAAGUUUUCACUUUUGAUUGCAAGCGUGACACUCUUGAUCCUGUAUAUCAAGGAAUAGACUUUCAUGUGCCUAAAGCGUUUUUGAAAAGGGAUCAUCAGGAUUGCUCUAAGCCUGCUCAGAUGUCUAGAACAAGCUCAAAAUCCGGAUCAACUGAUAGAGUCACUCCUGAGAAUACUGAGAAGCUUCCUGACGACGGGUUUCUGUUUUCGUCUGAUUACUUCACUAUCAGGAGGCAAGCACCUAAAGCUGACCCUGAAAGAUUGUUGGUGUGGAAAGAAGAAGGCAAAAUAUAUCGUGAAAAAGUCGAUGCAAGGUCUACAAACGAGAGAGAGAGUGAGACUGAGGAGAAUUCUCAUUCGGAUCCGAGCGAUGAUGAUGGGUACAAUGUCGUGAUAGCUGACAAUUGUCAGCGUAUCUUUGUUUACGGUCUCAAACUGUUGUGGAACAUUGAAAACAGAGAUGCUGUUUUGUCUUUUGUUGGUGGGAUGUCUAAAGCAUUUCAAGCCCCUAAGCCUUCUCCAUCACGUCAGUAUGCUCAGAGGAAACUACUUGAAGGCAACCAGAAGCAAUCUGAAUUAGAAGCUCCUCAAGAUGAAAAUCUCACUUCACAAUCUAAGGAGCCUGUGGAAGCUAUUUCACCUUCAUCAGAACAAAUCAAAACAGAGAACUUUGCAUCUUUCCCACUUGGAGCCACAAAGACUGGCAGUUCAAAUGGUUCAGAGGAAGAAGGAACUCGGCAUUUUAUGGUGAAUGUUAUUGAGCCACAGUUCAAUCUCCAUUCAGAAGACGUAAAUGGUAGGUUUUUGCUAGCUGCUGCUAGUGGUCGUGUUUUGGCACGAUCAUUUCAUUCGGUUGUUCAUGUUGGGUAUGACAUGAUUGAGAAGGCAGUGCAAAGCGAGAACGAUCAUAAUCCGGAAAAAGCUGGCACUGACAUGACAUGGACACGCAUGGAAGUGUCGAUGAUGUUGGAGCAUGUACAAGCUCAUGUGGCACCAACAGAUGUUGAUCCAGGAGCUGGUGUGCAAUGGCUACCAAAGAUUAGAAGAAGCUCUCCAAAGGCAAAGCGUACUGGUGCACUUCUUGAAAGGGUUUUCACGCCUUGUGACAUGUACUUUCAAUACACCAGACAUAAAGGUGUGACUCCUGACCUAAAGGUGAAGCCAUUGAAAGAGCUUACUUUCAAUUCUCGUAAUAUUACAGCAUCGAUGACAUCACGUCAGUUUCAAGUUAUGUUGGAUGUUUUGUCCAAUCUUUUGUUUGCAAGGUUACCAAAGCCUCAGAACGACAAUUUGAAACUUUCUGGUGAAGAAGAUGAUGAAGUUGAAGAGGAGAUUGAUGAGGUGGUUCCUGAUGGUGUUGAGGAAGUGGAACUUGCGAAAAUCGAACUUGAACAGAGAGAGAGGGAUAGGAUGUUGCUUAUCGAUGAUAUCAGAAAGUUGACGCAGAACGAAAGUAACUCAGGAAACAUAAACCUCGAAAAGAAAAGCGAUUGGAUGAUCACUUGUGGGAGGUCAAUAUUGGUGGAGGAAUUGAGAAAAGCAUAUAUUAAUGUGAGACAAUCUAGGAAGACAGCUUAUACAGCACUGCGGAUCUCUGUCAAGAAUGCUGCAGAGCUAAGAUUGUUGGAGAAAGAUAAGAACAAAAGACCAUCCUCGGCUAUGCGCAUUUCUUUACAAAUCAACAAAGUCGUUUGGUCUAUGCUUUUAGAUGGCAAAACAUUCGCUGAGGUUGAAAUAGACAAUAUGAUUUAUGAUUUUAACAGGGACUUGAGAGAUAUUGGAAUUUCCCUAUUCACAACAAGAUACUUUGUCCUGCGUAACUGUUUGCCUAAUGCCAAGUCUGAUACUGUUCUUUCUGCGUGGAAUCCUCCUCCGGAAUGGGGCAAGAAAGUGAUGUUACAAGUAGAUGCAAGACAAGGAAUCCCAAAAGACGGACAAGCUCCUUAUGAACUUUUCCAGGUUGAAAUCUAUCCUCUAAAAAUCCAUUUGACAGAGACAAUGUACACAAUGAUGUGGGAGUAUAUCUUCCCUGGAGAGGAGCAACAUUCUCAGAGAAGGGAGGAAGUUUGGAAGGUGUCAACAACCGCAGGAUCAAGGCGAGUCAGGAAAGGCUCAUUCGCACAAGAAGCCGCAGCAUUGCUUUCUUCAUCUGAUCUAAGCCAGGGUUCGAGGAAUCAAAACCCAAAGUCAAGAUCACUCCGUAGCUCAGGGCCAGAACUGAGGAGAACGUCUUCUUUCGACAGAACAUGGGAGGAGACGGUGGCUGAAUCAGUGGCUAAUGAGCUUGUUCUGUCUUCCAUGGAGCAUCAGAGUGAAUCCUCAAAAAACAAGCUUAAAGAUUCAAAAACCACAAAGGCUGGCCGUUCGGUUCACGAAGAGAAGAAGGUGGAAAAGUCAUUGGAAGACAAGAAAUCAAGGCCUCAAAAGAUUAUGCAAUUCCAGACCAUCAAGAUAAGUCAGGUGGAAUUGUUGAUCACUUACGAGGGCUCAAGAUUUGUUGUGAACGAUAUGAAACUGUUGAUGGACACGUUUCAUCGUGUCGAAUUCAGUGGCACGUGGAGAAGACUCUUCUCUCGAGUUAAGAAGCAUAUAAUAUGGGGAGUCCUCAAGUCUGUAACCGGAAUGCAAAUGAAAAAAUUCAAAGACAAAACUCAUGUUCCAAAAGAUCAGAUUGGUUUGAGAGACAAAGACGAGCCAGGGAGAUCAGAUCAAGAUUCAGGUGCAUGGGAGAAGCGUCCUGGUGACAAUGCAGGUGAUGGAUUUGUCACAUCGAUUAGAGGUAUUUUCAAUACUCAAAGGCGAAAGGCGAAGAAGUUUGUGCUUAGAACUAUGAGAGGAGAAACAGAAGAGAGCUUCCCAGGGGAGUGGAGUGACAAUGAAUCAGACUUUUCUCCUUUUGCAAGACAGUUGACGAUUACUAAAGCUAAGAAACUCAUCAGGCGUCACUCUAAGAAGUUCCAAAAUCAAAACACUACUAAAGGUUCUAAGAAGCCUCAACUCUCGCGUACUCUGUCUCCUAAGGAAGAAGAUCGAUACGAAAGCGAUUCUUCCAGUGGAUCUUCUGCUUAUGAAGAGUUCCUUGACCAGAAUCAUAUUUAAGUUAGAAUUCAAAAUUUUGUUUUUUUUCCUCGCCAAAGAGAUCUAUCAAUUUUCCACUCUUUUAAGAUUAGAUUUCAUCCACUGUACUAGUGUAGUGUUGAUAAGACUGUUUAUUACAGAUGACUUAUAUCGGAGAAGAAGGUUGUGUUUUGGAGUUAAGGUAUGUACUGAAUCUGUUCAAGUGUA